CCAUUCCACCGCUAGCCUCAAAUCAGGUCCAUCGCAGCGGCCGUCCUUUCUGCCCUCCUUUCUGCCCUUCUGCCGCGCUAGUCACUGUCCCAUCCCACCUACGCCUAGCGCCGUCUGGCCAGCAGUCUGCCGCUUACUGUCCCCACUGCCCCGCCCAUCACGCGGCCAUGGUCUCCACAAAAGCCCUUCCCUCUUCCGCAAUCCCCGCAAAACAACUCCGUUCACCCCGAUCACCACACUCCCCCAAGUCACCACGCACGAAACAUACAGACGCAUUUGCCCCCCUUUCCGAAGUCCUUACAGACAGCCCGUCUGAUGUUGCCAUGGAACCAGACGCCAGCGCCGGUGUUGGCGUUUCCCCUGCCGAGCCAUACCUCCUCAGGCGAGUGCUUUCUGGAGGGUCGAAUGCGUCAACGCUCCCCAGCAAUGCCGGCAGUCCGGGCAUGAAGAGUGCGCCUUUGUCGCCCAGCUCGCAAGGCGCGAGAACACCGAAGGCUGGCAAGGCACAGCAGCUGGCCUCAGAUAUGGAUGGGUUGAAUGUACGAUCGCCAGUGUCGAAUGAUGGGAGUCUACCGCCACCGGCCGGGGCACCGGACAUUCCGGAGCCGAUGAACAGUCGAAAGGGGCCGAAAUCAAUAGACGAUACGAAGAAUGGUGGCAGCAGUGAUGGUGUGGAGCAAGGGCCGAUUAGUGGAGAUACGAACGGGCACCAUACAAAGCAACGCUCCUAUACGGGCUCUACAGAUUCAUCCAACUCUCAACAUCCUGUACCUUCGCCCCAUCUGGGCUCAAGUUACGGACCAGAAGGGUUUCCAAUACUCCAUCAUUCUCCCGAGGCCAGUCCUAUGGCGUACUCACCUUACUUGGCUGGUGCAGGGGCCAGUUACUUUGGUGGGAACGGCAACUUUGACCCCGAACUUGCUGCUCGCCAAGCUGCCCUGCUGGCUAAAGCCGACGAAGCUGUUAGACAAUUGAACAAUACCGCUACAGUCUUCCAAGGUCCUAUGCCGCCGGGCCCUGCUUACCCCGAGACGUUUGGACAAGUACCUCGCAACUAUGCGAAUUUUGUCACACCUCAUCAGAAUCCAACAGUCACCAGGCAGUCGUCUACCAGUUCUAGUUUAACAGAUGCGGCAAGUACAAGUUCUGAAGAAUCCGACUGGUGCAUUCCUACAGUUGAAUGGGUCCCUGCCAACCAAUGGCAACAUUCCACCUACCUCAACAGUCCUGGAACCGUGUUUAAUAGACAAGAAAAGGACCGAGUCCCGUCCAACAGCCGCAUGCCCCCUCCCUUAGGUACGAGACCAACGUCCUCCCGACAUCCAUCAACGGGUCCAGCCGAACAUCCACCUUUACAGCAUCAAAAUCCACUUCCUUUUCGCUCGUCAGCUGCAACUCCUCCCCUCAAUACCUCUCACCCUUCGUGGGCAACCGCCCCCGCCUCUGAAUCACCCGAUGAAGAUGACGAUAAUCAAACAGUUGGUCAUGCCCGUGAUCGAUCACCCUCCACAUCAUCACAGUCUGCUCAAAGCGGUCUAGAUCUACUCUGGCGGGCAGCCCAUGGAAUAAAACAGCCCAACAUGCCCCGUGAUGUGUCGUUUGACCAUAAAGGUAAACGUAAAGCAGGUGCAGAGGCUGUCGAUAAAUGGCGAGCAAGCGGGAUUCCCACGGGACCUCCUCCGCCUGUUGGUGCGUCUCAAGAUGAAGUCAAGCCACCUACCACCAGUCCGCCGAGAAAGAGACGAAGAAGUGAGGUGGAGAUGGAGGAGAUGGAAAUGGAUAACGCUGCAAAUGUAGAAGCGGAAGAGGAUGAAGAGGCGAUCGCGGAAGAUCCGACGAGCGAUUACCGCUCCCCAUCAACUUCUGAAGGUCCAGUGAGCGAUCACGAUAGUGAAUAUGGGUCAGGUGCUAGACGCGGUCGACCUAUUGCUCGUGGAAGAGGAAGGGGCAGAGCAGGUACGAGUGCGAGGGGUAGAGGAGGGACGGCAAAUACGGCUUUGUCUUCUGCGCCUGGUGGGAUUACAAAGCAAGGAACAAUCAAAAAAGUACGCAAGGUUGGAGAUUCCCCAAACGGAACAGCAAAGGGUGGGAGGAAACCAGCAGCUGUACCUCCUGGUGGUGUACAAUGCGAUUAUGUGAAUCCAUUACCUCCUUAUAAUCGUUGUACAGACGUAUUCACGCGCAAAUACGAUCUUCCUCGGCAUAUGGCUCGACAUGCUAGACGCGAAGGCGAGUUGGUGAUGGAAGGUAAACUGUCCGAAGACAAAGCCAUACUUUGGAAGACAAUCAAGGAUAAACCCAAGGUUGUUUGUGAUACGUGUGGAGAAAGCUUUACGAGAAUGGAUGCCCUCAAGAGACAUCAAGCGAAACAGCAUCAUUAAGCUCUAUAAAUACACGGAACUACGUUGCUCGAAUUAGUUGUUGAAUUCAUGUCGGUCUGUCAGAGUACCCUAGUCUGCAAUAAUCAACGCUUUUGUAUGAUUAGAAAGCAAAUGUAUAAUGAAGUGAUGCGGUGCUCACGAUUCGCGUAUGCAUAUGAUAUAGUUG